CUCAGAUUCCUUUCACUCAACCAUGGUUCAAUGGUCACCUACCUGCGAACAGCAUAACCUCUUCCGCUUCGGCGUUUAGGACGACUGUUGAAUAUCUUAGUUUUUUUCCGGCUUUUACCUGUUGGCUGCUGCGUCAAUGGUCGUUGUUCUUGGAGGCCUAAAACAUGCUAGGCGAAGUUUGAGCUUGCGGUAAGCGCCCUUGAUCAUUCGUCACCGUGCCUUCUUUGAUUCCACACUUCGGUAAUCUGCUAGGUCCUAUUUUGCGGUUUGACCUCCCUGACAUACCCCUUCAGCUGCGUUUCUCACAAAGUAAUAUCUCAUAAUGCGUUAGUGGCUUCCAGCCGUUUCUUUGUGAAAGAUCGGUUCCUAUAAUUAGCUCGCCACGCAGCCAUGAGCGAUGCGGUGCUUCAGGAGAACGGCAUGGCGAGGCCGGCCAUGUCGGAUCGCGAGAUGCACGUCGUCGCGUCCAUCGAGGAGUGGAACAAGGGCCUCCCCGGAUCCGCCUUGGCUCAUAAAUACGCCAUGAUUGGCCGAUCGCCGGUGUCCUUCUUCCAAGGAACCAAUCACCUCUUCUGGGCUGACCUAAGCGGCGACGAGCGCCUGACUCGUUUCGGCAACAGUCGCACGGUGACGUGGAUCGUCGGCGACUGCUCCACGUCGUCGUUCACGGCGUCGGGCAGCGACAGCGACGGCCCCAUGUACGGCCUGUCGCUCACGGACGAGUCCGUAAUCGCAGACUAUCAAUACGACGUCUGGCGCCUCGCCACCAGUAUCGUCCUUCUGGCGCGGGAAAAUCUCGCGGCAGCGGGCUCUGGGGGAGCUUCCGCCGCCGGCGGGGCAGCGGGAGGGGGAGGGGGAGGGGGAAGCGGGGGAGCGGCGGAAGAGGCUGUUUUGCGCGCGGCGGUGCUGGCGUUUGCGCGGAAGUACCUGAAGACGGUGAUGGGGUUCAAGCAAGGGGGGGGCAAAGGGGGCGGGGGCGCGGACGGCGGGGCGGAGGGCGGAAACGCGCUGAAGCUGUCGCAGGUGCUGAUGAUGUCCGGGGGAAACAUGAAAGGGCGGCUGGUGCGGUUCCUGGCGAUUGUGGAGAGAGAAUACAGCCGCCGCCGGCUGCUCAAGAAAUGGUGUGUGGAGGAGGGCGGGAAGUGGGCGUUCCAGGAGCAGCCUGAGAAGCUGCAGCCGUGCCCCAAGUUCGAGGAGGACGCAGUGAUCAGCGCGCUGGCGUCGUAUGCAGACGGGGUCAACGUCAAGGGGCUCACGCGCAGGCUCUACGCCGACCCCGCCUCAUGCGGCGUGCCCAGAUACAUGGCCCUGACCGAGACGAGCAGCGGGGAGCUGCACGUGCUGGACGUGCGCAUGCAGCAGCGCCCCACGGCUUACCACUUCAUGAACCCAGACGAGCGCCGCGCCUACCGCCACCGCUUCCCCCACGAGACCGACCGCUUCCUGGAGGCCAGCGCUGCCCUCUGCUCCUCGGACGAUGGCAGCAUUGGGUGGAUCGAGCUGCAGGAGGGCGUGCACCCGAGUGCCACGGGCCGGUAUUCCGUUCGAGACGUGUCGCCGUAUGAGGAUGAGUACCCGGCAGCUGUGUCAGCGGACGUCAAAUCAAAGCUCAAAGGAUUCGCACUCACCACUCAGGAUGGAUUAGUGGAGUUGGCAGAGGACUGGGCACGUAUUCUCGCAGCGCAGCAUGCUGCCGCUGCUAGCCUGCUAGAUCCCGACCCCGCUGUGGAUCAACGGCCAGCGUUGUGCCAAGAGCUCGUGCUGUUAUCGAAGGCAGCGGCAAAGAAUGAGUUUGAGGAACUUGUCUGGGAGGUGGCUUUGAGUUACUCUCGCCAAGUGGAGUAUGACUGGCGUUGCUUUCAGAAACACUUACUGCCAGUUCUGUAAACAGGGAUGGGUGCAACAAGGGCCGAGUAGGAGCAUACAUUUUAGAAAGGCAGUUGUUUUACACUUUGCUGUAGAGCUAGUGAUUACAUAUUGGUGCCUGUAUGUUUUAAAAGU